ACGUAUGUACACACAUUGCAGCGGUCAGAUUUGCUGCUGGGAGGAGUCGUCUGUUGGUAAACGCUGGACGCUCCAUCAGCCUGGGGUGGCUCUGGAGAUCAUUGUUAGUAACGGGCUCGGUCGUCCCCAGGAGGAACCGGAGGAACUACUGGGGAGCUCCAGUCGCACGAGUGAUAACCAUGCCUCAGCAAAAGUCUCAAGACAUGGGAUCUGCCUUCAUCCAGACGCAGCAGCUCAACGCUGCCAUGGCUGACACCUUCCUGGAGCACAUGUGCCUGCUGGACAUCGACUCAGAGCCCACCACCGCCCGCAACACCGGCAUCAUCUGCACCAUCGGACCGGCCUCUCGUUCCGUGGACACGCUGAAGGAGAUGAUCAAGUCUGGAAUGAACAUCGCUCGCAUGAACUUCUCCCACGGCUCGCAUGAGUACCAUGCAGAGACAAUCAAGAACGUGCGCGAGGCAUGUGAGAGUUUCGAGCCCGGCAGCAUCCACUACAGGCCCGUUGGCAUUGCUCUGGACACUAAAGGCCCAGAAAUCAGGACUGGCCUCAUCGGGGGUAGCGGCACUGCUGAAGUGGAGCUGAAGAAGGGCAACAUGCUCAAGAUUACCUGGGACGAUGCUUACCAGGAAAACUGCAGUGAGGAGGUCCUCUGGCUCGACUACAAGAACAUUGCCAAAGUCGUGGAAAUUGACAGCAACAUCUACAUCGACGAUGGGCUCAUAUCCCUGCAGGUCAAGGAGAUUGGCUCCGAUUUCCUCAUGUGCUUGAUCGAGAAUGGCGGCACCCUGGGCAGCAAGAAGGGAGUGAACCUCCCGGGAGCAGCCGUAGACCUGCCCGCCGUCUCAGAUAAGGACGUCAAGGACCUGACGUUUGGCGUGGAGCAGGGCGUCGACAUGGUCUUUGCCUCCUUCAUUCGCAAAGCAGCAGACGUGAACGCGGUCAGACAAGUGCUGGGAGAGAAGGGCAAGAACAUCAAGAUCAUCAGCAAGCUGGAGAACCACGAGGGCGUACGCAGAUUUGAUGAAAUCAUGGAGGCCAGCGAUGGCAUCAUGGUUGCCCGCGGUGACUUGGGUAUUGAGAUCCCCACAGAAAAGGUCUUCCUGGCCCAGAAGAUGAUGAUUGGUCGCUGCAACAGAGCCGGCAAGCCAAUCACAUGCGCUACUCAGAUGUUGGAGAGCAUGAUCAAGAAGCCGAGACCCACCCGUGCCGAGGGCAGCGACGUAGCCAACGCCGUGCUGGAUGGAGCUGAUUGUAUCAUGCUGAGUGGGGAGACUGCAAAGGGAGAUUACCCCCUGGAGGCGGUUCGCACACAGCACAUGAUAGCGCGAGAGGCCGAAGCGGCCACGUUCCACAGAAAGCUCUUCGAGGAGCUGCGGAGACACUCCCACGUGACCAAGGACCCGACGGAGGCCGUGGCCGUGGGGGCCGUGGAGGCGUCCUUCAAGUGCUGCGCCAGCGCCAUCAUUAUUCUCACUAAGUCCGGGAGGUCUGCACACCUGGUCUCCAGGUACAGGCCCCGCGCUCCCAUCCUGGCCGUGAGCCGUAACGCCCAGACGGCUCGCCAGGCCCACCUGUACCGCGGGAUCUUCCCCGUGCUCUACACCAAGCCCUCCCACGAUGUGUGGGCAGAGGAUGUUGACAUGCGCGUUAACUUUGCAAUGGAAAUGGGCAAAGCUAGAGGCUUCUUCAAAGUGGGUGACGUCGUCAUCAUCCUGACCGGCUGGCGCCCCGGCUCCGGCUACACCAACACCAUGCGCGUUGUCCUGGUGGCCUGAGCGACCCACACAGCUGCCCUGCUGCCUCCCUUCACGUUCAUGAAUCUUUUCUAGUUCUCCACCUCCAACCUCGCUCCUGCUCACAGCCCCUCUCAUGCAACACCAGGGUCACAGGCUCGCCUACUUAGCAUUUUAAGCAACGAUGCACAGAAACGAGACGACCGCGUGGUCCCGUACGACGUUUCAGAUGAGAGCGGACCUCUUGUUCCUCACAAAUCCAAUUAGUAGUGCACCUUAACAUUGUUUGUUUUUAUUGUUUUUCCUCAACCAGUCUUCAGGGUCUCAGACUAAUGCACCUUGAUCAGAAACUACUGUAUUUGUGCACUCCAACACUGUACUGUAUUAAAGUGAAAGUGUGAGUGGCGGCAUCAUGGAUCUGUGUGCAUGUGCGUCCCGGGCUCUGGUUUGGGCGAGGUGGUCGGUCACGCCGUCGGCUGGCUUUAGCAGCACCGCGAGUAUCGGAACAGUUUACCAUUUACACUCCUGCCAGGGGAACGAACAAAGUAUUGGCAUUUAGAAAUCAAAAAGGGCUCCACCACGUCACCCAAACAGACGCUCCCGUAGUUCUGAAGUGUCCUCGUGUACCUGUACGCCCGCUUUCACUGUUCCAGUGUGUCUGAUAGUGUUGCACUCCUAAUCUCUGGACAUUGUUACAUUCUGUAUUAUACUUGAUGGUAAACUUUGGUUUUUCGGGACAUCCAAUGCUACUUAUAUAUUUUUUUCUGACUAUAGAGGAAAAGUUAGUUUUGGGUGUCCAGUCCAGACGUUGUUGAGAAAGUUACUGUUAUUAGAUGUGUAAUGAAGCCUUUUGGAUCAUUAUAAAUUGAAACUCACGUGGGGUUUUGCCGAAGUUGACUGAUAUGACCAAGCUCUUUGAAUUGUUUUUGUUUGUUUGUGCUUUUCAGGGGACUGAGAUAAAGCUCUGUACUUCACAAAGUGACUGAUGGGUAGAAUCCCUCUCCUUGUCUUCAAUGUUGGUGACCUUUUUGUGUAGCUUUUUCCUUGUGAGUCUCACAUGCUUCUGAUUGUGACGCUAGAGUGUAAGAACUGUCAUGUUUGGCCGGUGCACUGGGCUGCCCUACAAGACUGGAGUUCCAUCAAUAAAAGAGAUGAACACCUACCUGAA